AUUUGAUGGUAGGAUCCACAUCCUAUAGGAUAUAAAAGUCUUCCCUUUCCCCGUCUCUGUGUCUCCUACGUGCACUAGUCCAGAGGCACGCACAUACACAUUAUUCUGGCUCAACUCUUUGAACCUGAGCUAGCCAUAUCACAUUCUGCGUACUCUUUUAAGUCUCAAGUGGGCUGAGCUUUCUUAAUUGAGAGCGUCAAUGGCAGUCUUGGCGGUGGCUUAUGGGUUGGCAAUGGGGCUCUGCCUCUGCUUUGCUCUGUUCACAUGGAAUGAGGUAAGGUACAGGAGGAAGUGCUUGCCUCCAGGGACAAUGGGGUGGCCUAUUGUUGGCGAGACCACAGAAUUUCUCAAACAAGGACCAAGUUUCUUGAAAAACAAGAGAGCAAGAUAUGGAAGUUUCUUCAAAACCCACAUACUGGGGAGUCCUACCAUUAUAUCCAUGGACCCAGACGUGAACAGACACAUCCUGUUGAGUGAAGGAAAAGGACUUGUUCCGGGGUACCCCAAGUCCAUGGUGGAUAUAAUAGGGAAUUCCAAUAUUGCUGCUGUACAUGGCUCUGCUCACAAAAAUAUAAGAGGGUCUUUGCUCUCCCUUAUCGGUCCUGGCCUGAUAAAAGAUCGUCUUUUGCCUAAUAUCAAUAAAGUAGUAAGAUCCCACCUCGACUGUUGGGAUGGCAAAACCAUUGACAUGCAAGAAAAAACUACUAAGAUGGCACUGCUCACAUCCUUAAGGCAGAUUAUGGAAUUAGAGUCAACUGCCAUCUAUGAGUCAUUCGAAUCCGAGUUUGAUACGAUGUUGCUAGGAACACUAGCACUGCCUAUCAAUUUUCCAGGCUCAAAUUAUCGUCGUGGAUUGCUGGCAAGGAAGAAUGUAAUAAGAACACUGAGACAAAUAAUGAAGGAAAGAAGAGCUUCAUCAACAUAUCAAAAUGACAUGCUUGGUUAUAUGCUAAGGAAUGAAGACUCAAGACACAAUCUCAAUGAUGAGGAGAUAAUUGAUCAGAUGAUUACAAUUUUGAAUUCGGGUUACGAAACUGUCUCAAGAACUUCAAUGAUGGCUGUCAAAUAUCUCCACGAUCAUCCAAAAGCGCUUGAGGAAUUAAGAGAAGAGCAUUUAACCAUCCGAGAAAGGAAAAUGCCAGAUGAGCCCAUUUACUGGGAUGACUAUAAGACAAUGAAGUUCACCCGUGCCGUGAUCUUUGAAACCUUGAGAUUGGCUACAGUAAUAAAUGGGGUAUUGAGGAAGACAACUCAAGAAAUGGAAUUGAAUGGCUUUGUAAUUCCGAAAGGAUGGAGGAUAUAUGUCUACACAAGGGAAAUCAACUAUGACCCAUUCCUCUAUCCCGAGCCUUUAACCUUUAAUCCAUGGAGAUGGCUGGAUAAGCGCUUGGAAUCUCAUGAUCACUUCUUCUUUUUCGGUGGGGGAAGCAGGUUAUGCCCUGGAAAAGAAUUGGGUAUAACUAAAGUUGCGGUCUUCCUUCACUACUUGGUCACCAGAUACAGGUGGGAAGAAGUUGCAGAAAAUGAGAUUCAGAAGUUCCCUAGAGUUGAAGCACCAAAUGGGCUGCAUAUGAAGCUGUCCAAGUACUAAUAAUGAUGCUACACAUAUACACACAUACUGGGCAGGGAACAAUUCUAGCAUGCACAUGGCAGGAAUAUGGAUAUCUGUGAACAUACCAACAGAUGAAUAAAAGACUGCAGAAAUAACCAUAGAGUUAGCAUGAACCUAAAACCAACAAGAACCUGGGAGUAUCUGUAUCUUUGCCACCCAAACUCAUUACUCUUAAAGAAAAUGAGAGGAAAAGCAAGCUCAUCUAUCCCAUCCUUGUCAAUUGGUGAAACAAUCCAAAUUCUAUUUAUCUAAAUAAGCAGUAAAAUUAGCAA